AUGACGCCAACUUCUUCACCUAUCUUGGCUGAGACACUUUGUUUGCGUUGGGCACUCCGUAAAGCUCUUGUAUUUGGGUUCACGCGUGUCGUCUUCGAGUCCGAUUGUCAAGUGCUUGUCAAGGCUUGGCAUGGGAGGGAAAAAGAGAUUUCUUAUUUUGCUUCUGUUCUUGCUGAUUGUCGGAUUAUUGCUUUGUCCUUUGAGUCUUUUAAUUUCAGUUUUAUUAGGAGAACGGGGAAUCAAGCGGCUGAUUUUGUUGCAAAAUUAGCGUAUGAUUUUCCAAAUGUUGACUGGGUGGAGAAUGCUCCCCCGGGUUUAGUUUCUUUCCUUCACGCGGAUGCAUUGAGUUCUUUGAGUUAA